GAUGACCAGAAACCCUUCCAAAAAUGGGCAAACUAAAUAUAGACACCAGGGACCUGCUUUUACAAGGCAGCAACUGCCUUAUGCGCGACUGUUUCCUAAACGUUUGUAAACUUGGUUGAAACCUUCGGCUGAAAACUUUCUUUUCCCUUCCAGUUUUCUUCUUUUUUUCCUCUCUUUUUUUCUUUCUUUCUCUCUCUCCUCUCUCUCUCUCUCUCGCUCUGGGACUCAACCAUGCCCAAUGGGGAAGAAGGAGCUUGCAGGAAACCCUCGGCGGCGUACGACCACAGGCAGCCGGCGAAAACCCAGUGGUACGACCGCAAAAACUACGUGUUUGUCGAGUUUCUGGUGGAAGACAGCAAAGAGGUCGACGUGAAGAUUAAAAAAGAUCGGCUGAUAUUCAGUUGCAAAACAGAGGAUAAUGUGGAGCUGUACAAUAACAUUGAGCUGUAUACAAGAGUGCAGCCCAGUGAUUCGAGAGAAAAGCGCUCGGAUCGUUCGGUGACGCUCUUCAUGAGGAAGGUGGAAGGUAAACGAGCCUGGCCGCGACUGACCAAAGAGAAGGUCAAGCACGUCUGGCUGAUGGUGAACUUUGACAACUGGAGAGACUGGAGCACCGACGAUGACCAACUCCUGGACAUCCAACAGUACGCGGAGAUGAUGAAAGACAUGAAGGACAAUGGCCCUCCGCCUUCGAUGGACGACCUGGAUGACGACUGACUGCGGAGACCGAGAACCGAGGGCCGGGCCGGAAGCCAGAGGAGGAAAGGGUCAGAAGCAAGGGAGAGACCAAUGGGGAAUACGAAUGGCCAUGAAGACAUUUUCCGUGUUGCUUUGAAGAAUCUAUUAAACCUCCCAAUACGUUUCCCGUACGAAGAGUGUGGUUUGUAGAGAAAAGUCAGGCGUGUGUGUGCGUGCGUGCAUGUUUAGUUGAGUGAGGGAAGCUUUUCCGAAGGCCGAGAGGUGAGUUGAGCCCCACACAGGGGCUCGUAACCCUGAUCUGUGCAGAGUUAGCGAGCAGAUCCCACCAGGGGCAGGAGCGAAGGGUGCACAGUUGGUAUCAGGGGGUAAAAAUCAGCCUGGGUCCCAGUUUGGAACUAUCUCCAUCUCUGAUCAGGACACGAUCACUUGGCUAUGAUUGCGUUCACCGUUAACAAUAACAGCAACAAAUUACAUUUGUGCAGCGCCUCACAAGAUCUCCCGAGGCGCUGGAAAGGCCCAAAGGCAAUAAGGAGCACUCGGGAGAGAGUUCGGGAUGCGGAGAGAUACCAGAGAACAUCUGUGGAACCGUCUCGAUUAGGAGGGAAAAGACACCAAAUGCUUUCAGGGGAAAUUGGGAUGUAUUGCGAUGUAUUUAAGGUGUGCUGUGGAGUGCAGAAACCCUGUGUGUUUGUUGCGUUCAUUUAUACCAGUGUAAUAAAGAGGUUUGUAUCAA